GCGGCCUAUAUAAAAAGGUUAAAAAACGCGUCAUAGAGUAGAACUAUUUUGAUUCCUGCAAAGAUGCCUUCUCCUUGCGAUUCCUGCAAAGAUACGUGUAAAGAUGGUAAAUCGUGUGGUUCCAAUUGCCAAUGUGGCCCAGAUUGUAAAUGUGCCGAGAUAUCAGGUUCUGGGGGCGACCAAAAAUGUUGCGACAAAAAAAAGUAAUAUUAAAUUUUGUAUUCUCAUGGACUGAAAAUAUUUAUUUCUUGUAUUGAAAUAUAGGUAAUAUAUUGCUUGACUAUGUAAGCUUUAA